GCGCUCUCACCAUCCAAGACGAAAGGCGCACACGCCGGAGAGCAGCAGCUAUAUACCGGGGCUAAAAUUAGGGACGGAUAGUGCGUAUUUCCUCCGCUUCGUAUAAUUGGUCCAGCUUGCGCUGCCGUGAUAUUUAUAAGAUAAAGGUCUUCCACCACUCAUACUUGCUGCAUGAGUGUGAAACAUAGAGUGUAAAGAGCAGAGAACAGAGUUGUAGUGCACUACAACCCAAGUUUCUCCGAGGGAUUGCAACUAAUCCCCGAUCUUCAAAGUUUGUUUUUAUCUUAACUGGACGACUGGAAAUGGCUUUGAGUGGAACGAUUUUACCGUCUAUUUCCACAUUUUCGGUGCAGAAGGAAAAAUGCUGGGAAAACAGGUGGAAGGAUGAACUGGACAGGUCCAUGCAUCUCAGCUGCAUAGCUGACCUAUCAAGCAUGGACAACCUCAACAGAAUAACAGAAGACGAAGAUCUUGACAAGUACCUAGAUCUGGAGUUUAUACUGGCCAACACUGCAGGUUCUGACAAUCUCGGACUCGGCAUGGCAGGCGACUACAGAAUGCAAGAGUCCAGAAACAUGUACAACCCAACCACAUACUCAGUGCCUGAGAUCAACCCUUCACCACCUCCACCUUACACCACCAGCCUCAUGGCAGAGCUUCUGCAGUCUGACGUUGACACCUACUGCCAAUCGUCUCUCCAGGGAAGAUUCCUGGUCAGGCCUGCCUUCACCACUCAGGACAUUUCGGAGUGUAUCAAAGUGGAGCCCUGCAUGGAUAGUUACGGACCUGUACGAGGAAUGGUUCCCAAAGUCAAACAAGAGGGCAACGGUGCAUGCAUGAGAUCCUAUGAGCAGCCAAGACUGGCCAACUCUCCCCAGGGAGCAGGCAGCAUGACUCCCCCACAGAGCCCAGCGGAGCUCAUCAACACAGACUGUCAGUCGCACUCGCAGAUGUGCCAUGCCUUGACGUUCAGCCAGAGCUAUCAAGGCAACACAGGAUUUCCCCACGCAGCACCUCCACAGAUGCAGCUGCCUUACCCAAACACACAUCACUUCAGCAUGUGCGACGACGGGCUUGCGAUGCCCAAUGCCAACCAAAGAGUACUUCUGACGCCACCCUCAUCUCCUCUAGAGCUAGACGCCAAACCAAAGAGGGGGCGCCGCACGUGGCCGAGGAAGCGGACGGCGACUCACACUUGCACUUUUUCUGGAUGCGGCAAAACUUACACAAAAAGUUCUCACUUGAAGGCUCAUCACAGAACACACACAGGCGAGAAGCCCUAUCAUUGCAGUUGGGAAGGCUGUGGGUGGAAGUUCGCCCGUUCUGAUGAAUUGACCCGUCACUUCCGCAAGCACACCGGACACCGACCCUUCCAGUGCCACCUGUGCGAACGUGCCUUCUCCAGGUCCGACCAUCUCGCCCUUCAUAUGAAACGUCAUAUGUAGGAACGGACUCUGCAAAAUGUGGACUUAACGCACUGAACAGUGAACAUUGUCUGUACCCCCCCUCUUAUUUAAAGUAUGGUAAAGGGGAAACAUGAACUGACUUGACCUAUUGCUUGUAGCUGGUUCUACACUUCAUUUCUUUACAGAAUCUACAGAAACAAACUAUAUUUUUCGUUUCCAAAGAGCAAGUUCAACUCAUGCUAUAGGCUGGACCUAAACCUCAAGACGGAACUGGAAUCAGACAGUAUAAUGUGCUUUAAGUUAACAUGAUGUGCUGCGGACAUCACGACAGUGCCUUUAAAUACACGUAUACAUCUCACGAGUGCCACGAAUACUGGCGUUUUUUUAACGACAAAUGUAUGCUAUUGUGUCAAGAAACUAAAUAAGCUUUGUAAGACAAUGUUUUUCUCUUUCAAAACUGCCUUAAAAGUUAACAAAAGGGGCGUUAACUGAAUGUUUUAAGUAAUUUGUGCAUUUAUCAUAACAUAAACGUUUUUAUUUUUUAAAAUCAGGGUCUUAUGGUUUCGUUUUGUUUUUUUAAACGCAAUUUGUAUGCUGUUAACGUUGAAUUGCAGACUGUCCCAUGUUUGGAUGACAUGAUAAGGGCUAUGUGAGUUGUUCUGGACCAAAGCAUUUUAUGUACAUAAUUUAUACACUGUAUAUAUUGUACAUAUUAAACUUAAAUUGCGAUAUAAA